AUGACGACAGGAACUCCUCAGCCGCUCGCGGCACAUGCACCUGUCCAAAACUUCACAACAAACAACCAUGCAAAUGAACCUGCUCCUCCUGCAGCGCCUACAAAACGAGAUCUAGCGUCCUGGUGGAAGAACUUUAAGCGUAACACAAAGAAAGAGGAUGAAAACAAAGGUGGACCCCAAGUCGGCGGCAUUUUUGGCGUCCCACUCAACGUCAGCAUCAAGUACGCUAAUGUCGCAAUUUCUUUGACCAACGACAAGGGCGAGAGCUUCAUUUAUGGCUACGUUCCCAUCGUUGUCGCUAAGUGUGGGGUUUUCCUCAAGGAUCAAGGUAUAUACACACCAGCUCUAUCCGACGACAUCAAACUUACCAUCGUUUCUAUAGCCACCGAAGUCGAAGGUAUCUUCCGUCUAAGCGGCUCCGCGCGACGUAUCAAAGAACUACAAGAGAUUUUCGAUUCGCCCGAGCGAUAUGGCAAAGGACUGGAUUGGACAGGCUAUACCGUGCACGAUGCCGCCAACAUUCUACGACGGUAUUUGAACCAGCUGCCAGAACCCAUAGUCCCUCUCGACUUUUACGAAGCCUUCCGUGAACCAAUUCGGAACCAUCAACAGCAGGCUGUCGGCAGUACAGAGGCGGUCGACAUUGGCGAUUUCGACUACGAGAAGGCCGUGGCUACAUAUCAGCAGCUCAUUCGUGAGCUUCCUCCACUCAACAAGCAGCUACUUCUUUAUAUUCUUGACCUUCUUGCCGUUUUCGCAUCCAAGUCGGACAAGAAUCGCAUGAACUCGAACAAUCUGUCUGCUAUCUUUCAGCCAGGAUUGUUGUCACAUCCUACGCACGACAUGGCACCGUUGGAGUACAGGCUCAGUCAAGAUGUGCUAAUUUUCUUGAUUGAAAACCAAGAUCACUUCUUGUUUGGUAUGAACGGUACGGCAGCUGAUCCGCAGACAGUCAAGGAGUUCUCAUCUACCGCAGCAGCUGCUGCAGGUACGCCCUCACGAUCCUCAGGAAUUCGUCGCUCUGCUUCAAAUGCCAGUGGAGGUGCGGACAGUCUUAGAAAGUACGAGACCCUUCGUCGCAAUGUGUCUGUUUCGUCGCGCAAUUCCGGCAACACUCAAAGCCCCGGUACACCCACGUCGACUGUCAGCACUGUGAAACGCAGCAAUACUGUGCCUUCAAAGAGGUCCCCGGGCCUGGUUGCCCCGAGAUUGACUCGACCUGGCGAGUCAGCUUCUCCAUCAUCGGCUGGKCUCACACCUCCCGCUGAAGCGAGUCGCAAUCCCGCACCUGAAACUCGUCCUCCUGCAGUUCAAAAAUCCCAUUCAGAAGCACCCAAGCCAGCACAGCCGGCUUUUGAAGAGGGCCAAUUUCUCGAAGCCCAGUCUGCUAUAGCUUCGCCACCAACUCCCCUUCUUACACCUACGAAAGAGCGUAAGAUAUCAAGCUUCUUCGCCAAGUCUCCUCCAGCAUCUGACAAGGAGGGUCGUCAGCCCAACCGUUUGAAAAAGAAGCGGAUACCCGGUAGUGCCAACGCCAGUGCCCAGAGCUCCAGCCACUCAUUGAGUGCUGCUACUUCUAAUGAGUCGGGUUAUUUUCCGUCAACAUCGCAAGCAGUAACUCCGAUGGCACCACUUCCCAAUGAUCCUAUCUCUACUAUACCCGAAAAUCAAGGAUUUCCUGCCGGAGUUCCAGAGGGGGUGAAUAGUCACCACCAACACCAGCCAUCCGAAAGUACACUCAAGCCCAACCGUUCUCGGACUCCAUCUAUGCAUUCCAAAUCUUCAUAUACCGACCAUUCUGAUUUCGAUCAAUACGAUGAUGUGUCAAAGGCAGAGAAGAGGGAUCAUCGCCGCAGUUGGCGUUUCCCACUCUCGAGACACAAUCACGGAAACCCGACCUCGUCGCCACCGAUGGUUGGAACCAAUGCUGGAGCCGAGUUCAGCACUAGCUCCAUUGGUAGUCUCAGUGCGCAAGGUCAAAGCUUUACCAACGACUCCUAUAACCCUAGCACCGACGUGACCUCUGUACCGGACAACGAAGUUACACGAUCUGGUAGUGCGUCUCGUGAAGGCGGCGUAUCGUCGGAAAACGAGAAGCUCAGUCUUUUUGAGAAGAUUAAGGCGAAAGUUGCACCCAAAAAGGACGGUAGCGAACGCGCUAAGAGCCCACCACAAUCCGACUCACAAUUUGAAUCAAUCGCUCCGAAUCGCUCACAAGUCGAAGAGACAAACAAACUCAAGGAACCUGAACCACGCAGCGAGCAAGCAAAGCAGCUUGAGCCACAACAGCAACCGACAGUGGUAGUUCAGGCAGAGGACACUUUGCCCCAACCCGCAACUGACGCCAAGUAA